UUUGAACGUGCAGCGGUCCCGGGCGUGAGGUGGAUCUGGCAGUGGUGGUGGCCUGGCGACCUCCCGGCCCUAUCUGCUUUCUUCUUCCCUGUCCCUUCUCCAUAGGGAGGUACGGAGCCAUAGAUACAUCUCUGAGGUUGGUUCCCCAGUCCGAGGUGAAGCCCUCCGAUGAUGUUGAGGGGAAACCUGAAGCAAGUCCGCAUUGAGAAAAACCCGGCCCGCCUGCGUGCUCUCGAGUCGGCGGCGGGCGAGAGCGAGCCGGCGGCCGCCAUGGCUCUCGCGCUGGCUGGGGAGCCGGCGCCGUCCGCUCCCGCGCCCGCGGAGGAGCGCCCGGACGAGGAGGUGGGCUUCACCAUCGACAUCAAGAGCUUCCUCAAGCCGGGCGAGAAGACGUACACGCAGCGCUGUCGCCUCUUCGUGGGCAACCUGCCCACGGACAUCACCGAGGAGGACUUCAAGCGGCUCUUCGAGCGCUACGGCGAGCCCAGCGAGGUCUUCAUCAACCGCGACCGUGGUUUCGGCUUCAUCCGCCUGGAAUCCAGAACACUGGCUGAAAUUGCAAAAGCAGAGCUGGAUGGCACCAUUUUGAAGAGCAGACCUCUCCGAAUUCGCUUUGCUACACAUGGAGCAGCCCUAACUGUCAAGAACCUUUCUCCAGUUGUUUCCAAUGAGCUUCUAGAGCAAGCAUUUUCCCAGUUUGGUCCAGUAGAGAAAGCUGUUGUGGUUGUGGAUGAUCGCGGUAGAGCUACUGGAAAGGGUUUUGUAGAAUUUGCAGCAAAACCUCCUGCACGAAAGGCUCUGGAAAGAUGUGGUGAUGGGGCGUUCUUGCUAACAACGACCCCACGUCCAGUCAUUGUGGAGCCAAUGGAGCAGUUUGAUGAUGAAGAUGGCUUGCCAGAGAAGCUAAUGCAGAAAACUCAACAAUAUCAUAAGGAAAGAGAACAGCCACCACGUUUUGCUCAGCCUGGAACAUUUGAAUUUGAGUAUGCAUCUAGAUGGAAGGCUCUUGACGAAAUGGAGAAGCAGCAGCGUGAGCAGGUUGACAGAAACAUCAGAGAAGCCAAAGAGAAGCUGGAGGCAGAAAUGGAAGCAGCCAGGCAUGAACACCAGUUAAUGCUGAUGAGACAAGAUUUAAUGAGGCGUCAAGAAGAACUCAGACGCCUGGAAGAGCUCAGAAAUCAAGAGCUGCAAAAACGGAAGCAAAUACAAUUGAGACAUGAAGAAGAGCAUCGUCGUCGUGAGGAAGAAAUGAUUCGACACAGAGAACAGGAAGAACUGAGAAGACAGCAAGAAGGCUUUAAGCCAAAUUAUAUGGAAAAUAGAGAACAGGAAAUGAGAAUGGGUGAUAUGGGUCCCCGUGGAGCAAUAAACAUGGGAGAUGCGUUUAGCCCAGCACCUGCUGGUAACCAAGGUCCUCCUCCAAUGCUGGGUAUGAAUAUGAACAACAGAGGAACUAUACCUGGCCCACCAAUGGGUCCUGGUCCUGCCAUGGGACCAGAAGGAGCUGCAAAUAUGGGAACUCCAAUGAUACCAGAUAAUGGAGCAGUGGAAGUCUUGAUUAAAUGUUUCUUCGGUGAAUGAAUGAUACCAACUGUAGGACAGAGGAUGUUUAUUCAUGAGUAUCCAAAAAUGAACAAAGUGUGGUGUCCCUGUACUCUUGACAUUUGGAGUUUAUUGGGUGUCUGAGAGCUACAGAAAACUGUUUGACUAGUUGGUAGUAAUGGAAGGAAUUGCAAAUACUCUGAAAACCUAGAAGCAAAUGUACACCUAUGUUGGGAACACUUCAUUCAGAGGAUAACUUUUGAGCAGAUCUUAAAAGUGCCGCUUCAUUCUAUAUGAACAUGGUUUUACAUUAAAUAAAUAACGGGGAUUCUUUGAUGUGGCAGUAAUUUCCUUAACAUAUUGAACUUUUAAAGAAAAUAGUGAAGGCUAUACAGAUCUUAAGAGCUUCUUUCCAGUCAGUCUACCCUCCAUCAGAGGUAACCACUAUUCUGUUUUGAUCACCAUAGGAGGAUGAAAGAACACAUGGGUGAAGCUAGCUACCUGAAAUUCUGCUUCCAGCACAAAUCAAGUUCAGAGAUAAGGAUGUGCUGAGGUCAUUUCCUUUCAGGGAGUCUGGCCAGAGUAAUGCAUCCUAUUUGUGAUGACCUGUUUAACCAAAAGCUCGCCUAUGGCCACGAUCAUAAGCUCAG